GCGCGAUGGAGAUCUGGAGCAGCCCCGCUGCCUACGAUGAGCGCAGCGGGAGCGCGGAGCGGGGCGGCGGCACCGACCCCAUCGCCCGGGAGCUGGAGGAAGUCCUGUGCGCUGAGCGGGUGGCCAGGAUCACCAAGACCUACCACGACAUCGAUGCUGUCACCAACCUGCUGGAUGAGAAGGAGCGGGACCUGGAGCUGGCGGCGCGCAUCGGGCAGUCCCUGCUGAAGCAGAACCGGAGCCUGACGGAGCGCAAUGAGCUCCUGGAGGAGCAGCUGGAGCUGGCCAAGGAGGAGAUCGCGCAGCUGCGCCACGAGGUUUCCAUGCGGGACGAUCUGCUCCACUUCUACACCACGACAACGGAGGAGAGCGAGCCCAUCUCCUGCUCCUCUGCACCCUUGCAGCGGCCGGAGCCCUCGCUGUCCCUGCAGCAGUACUUCCAGUACGAGACCCUGCAGCAGAAACUCAAGGGCCUGGAGGAGGAGAACCAGAAGCUUCGCAUGGAGGCCACCAACAUCACAACCGAGACCUGUCGGUACGAGGAGCAGGAGCAGCAGCUGAUGAUCGACUGCGUGGAGCAGUUCUCCGAGGCCAGCCAGCAGGUAGCCCAGCUCUCGGAGGAGCUGGCCCGCAGGGCGGAGGACACGGCGCGGCAGCAGGAGGAGAUCAGCCAGCUCCUGGUGCAGGUCGUGGACCUGCAGCACAAGUGCCGUGCGUACGGCGCCGAGGUGGAGGAGCUCCAGCAGCACUUGGCUGCGGCGAAGGAGGUGCAGCAGCAGCUCCGGAUGGAGCUGCGGGACUUGCAGGAGAAGUACACGGAGUGCGGGGGGAUGCUGCAGGAGGCCCAGGAGGAGGUGAAGAGCCUGCGGAGCCGCAGCCUGCCCAACAGCACCGUCAGCCGCUACAGCACUGCCAGCCUGCUGCCCGUGGACUCGCUGGCAGCCGAGAUCAAGGGGAUGAUGAGGAAGGGCGCGGACAGCUCCUCCUCGGACUACAAGAGCUGCCGGCGCAUCUUUGAGACGGUGAAAGCAGUGAACCAGGCGGCCAAAGCCAAGUCUUGCUCCGAGUCUCCCCACAACACGCCGGGCUCCAAGCCGUGUUCCGCUGCCCCUUCCAUGGGGAGCAGCACCCCCCGCACCGGCACGGAGGGUGCCCGGGCCGAGGGCCCCGGAGCGGAGCCGCGGGCAGCACCGGGCCGGCAGGACCUGGAGGCCGCAGUGCAGCGGCUCUCGGUGCAGCAGCAGAGCCGCGGGGAUGAGCGCUCCUCGCUGGAGGCGGAGCGGGAGCGCAAGCUCUGGCUGCGGGACGGGGACAGCUCCAGCGGCUUCCUCAGCCCCAGCGGCAGCAUCGGCUCCACCGGCACCAACCGCUCUGCGAGCUCGGAGCUCACCGCCGGCUCCGGCUUCUCCCUCGGCUCCCUCUCCUACCUGCCCGACAAGCUGCAGAUCGUGAAGCCCCUGGAAGGCUCGGUGACGCUGCACCAUUGGCAGCAGCUGGCACGGCCCAACCUGGGCGGGAUCCUGGUGCCCCGUCCCGGGGUGCUCACCAAAGACUUCCGGCGCUUGGACAUCGACCAGGAGCACGUUUACAGCCUCGACGACCUGGAGGAGGACGACGAGGACACCGGCUCCUUCCAGCUGCUCCCUACCUCAACCCCCGCCAAAGCCAAGGAGCGCCCCGGGGUGUUCCUCUCUGUUAGCAACCUCCCCCAGACCCCGUCCACCUUCACCAUCACCACCUGCCACAUCCUCCACCCCACCACCGCGCUCACCACGGUGACACCCAGUCUCUAUAACGCGGUCGUGCCUUCUUGUGGGCCCUUUGAGGGGCUGAACUGCAGCAGCCCCCGCCCCACCAGCACCCCCGUGGGACUCGUCAGGCUCCUCCUGGGCCGGGGCAUCCUCCCCUCGGUGCCAGGGAUCCCCCGUGCUCAUCCCCGGCCCUUCCCCAUGGCCGGGGGGCAGGAGGGACCCCGGCCCCGGAGCAGCAUCUUCAGCUUGAACCUGGUGGAGAAGCUGCGGCGCCUGGGGCUGGACACGGUGGUGGCCAGAGGGGAGGUGUCCUGCACCCGGGGGCAGUACAGGGGGGGCCGGGGUGCGCUGACCUGAAGGUGCCGCAGCACCCGGAGGCUCAGGAUGAGAAGCGUUGUCAUGGGCCAGCCCUGGGGCGAUGGAGAUGGGGCAGCCCCAGCACUGGUACCUA